AUGGCACGUACUCGAAGGCCUACCCCCUCAUCGAACGCGUCCCCUCCUCCACCAGGUUUCGCUCCCUGGAAAGUCCGGAGCAAUCCCCCAAAAGUCGUGCGCAUCGGCGACAUGAAGUUCCACCCCACGGGGACGUUCGAAAUGUUCUGGUACUUCGUCACAGAGCGCCACGCCAUGUUCCGGAGGAGGUUUGAAGGAGGUGUUAGCCCGUGGACGGAGGACGAAAUCCUAGCCAAGUAUUCCUUUACCAACGUCUUCCGCGUUCUCGACCGCGCCACACAAUAUUCCCUCCUCAAUGUCAUCCAAGUUGGCGAUCAGAGCAUUCAGGAACAGUGCUUUAGGGUCCUCUUAUUCCGCUUCUUUAGCAAAAUCGAAACCUGGGAGUUCCUAGAGGAGCGGUUCGACCUCACCUGGCGCAACUUCGACUUGGAGGCCUACGAGAAGGCGUUGAUAGAGUACCAGGAUGCAGGCAACACGCUCUAUACUCCCGCGUACCUAAACACCAUCCCCAAGAAACUCAUUGGAGGGAAGGAGAACUUUUCUAGGCACCUACGUAUUCUGGAGCUUAUGAUGAACAUGGACCUUCCGGGUCGUCUCAAGCGGGUGGAGCACAUGCAAGAUGCGCACGGUAUCAUCAGCCUCUACCCUGGGAUGGGAGAAUUCAUGGCUAUGCAAGUGCUUCUCGAUCUCAACAUGACGACCCACUUCAACUUCUUUGAAGAUGAAUGGGUCGCUCUCGGCCCGGGCUCGUCCGAUUGCCUGAAGAGAAUGUUCGGUGAAGGCGUGCGCGGCCACGAAGUUGAAGCCAUACGUGCCCUCCAUGACAUGCAAGCGGAUCAAUUUAUACGGCGACACACCGCUCCCGAGAACAUUCCAUGCCUUUUCGACGAUCGCAAUGACCGCAAAUUUAAGCUCACCAUGGUCGAUAUCGAGCACGCCCUUUGCGAGUGUGGCAAGUAUUCGCGCCACGCCCGCCCACAGCCCAGUGACAAGAACGGAGGCCGCAGGUACUCUGGACGUUACCGACAGGUGGCUCUCACCGCGACCAUCCCCUCGCACUGGUUUGACCCCGCGCAAGUGUUCGACUACAACAAACCGGAUCCUCUGGACGGACGGGACGUUUACGAGGUGUCACACAUUGUCGCAGAGAAGAAGGGGCAGAAGAGCAGGGACCGACUGUAUCGCAUCCGCUGGGUGGGGUGGGGCCCUGAGGCUGAUACCUGGGAGCGCCGUAGUGCGCUGGUGGAGAACGCGCCGGAUGUUUUGCGUGAGUGGGAGACGUUGUCGAGUGGCAUCGCCAAGCUCAAGGCGGAUUACGUGGCCCUGGGCGAUCGGUACCGCAAAUCUUCCAGAAAGCGGACCUGA